UCUCACUCUUCUUUAUGUAUUUCUCUAUGAAUUUUCUCCAUCAAAGUAUAGAAAAGAAGUAAUCGAAAGCAAUAAUGGUACAUUCCAAGAAAUUUCGAGGCGUUAGGCAACGACAAUGGGGAUCUUGGGUAUCUGAGAUUCGUCAUCCUUUACUUAAGAAGAGGGUGUGGCUAGGCACAUUUGACACAGCAGAAGCAGCAGCAAAAGCAUAUGACCAAGCAGCAAUUUUAAUGUGUGGAAGAAAUGCCAAGACCAAUUUUCCACUUUCUCAAAAUAUAAAUGUAUUAGAAGAGCUUAAUUACAAUAAUAAUAAUAAGCUCAACUACAAGAGUAGUAACCCUAAUUCCCUAAAAUCAUCUUCCUCUAACACACAUGAGAAGUUUUCCCAAGCACUUCAUGCCAAGCUUUGCAAGUCCAACAAGGUGCCAUCCUCGUCUCUAACGUGUCUAAGGCUCGACACUGAGAACUCCCACAUUGGUGUAUGGCAAAAGCGAGCCGGUCCAAGCCCUAAUUCGAAAUGGGUCAAAACGGUCACAUUCGGUGAUAUUGAUCAUGAAGAGUGUAACAAAGAACAAGAGGGUCAAGAAGAAAGAGGAGCUUCUCCUAGUAUUCGUAAAUUUGGUAGAAUUAUUCAUGAUCAUGAUCAUGUUCAUGUGUUGGAUGAAGAGGAGAAAGUUGCAUUGCAAAUGAUAGAGGAACUUCUUAAUAGAAAUUAUUGCUCUAACUAAACAAGCCUUUAAUGUAAUUAGGUUUGGGUCUUUAGGUUUGUUAUAAUUCAAGAUAUAUGUCAUAGUAAUAUAUGAAGCUAAGAUGGUAUGCAAGAAAGUAUUUGCUUCUUCUACAUGACUAUAAAUUGAAGAACUAGGGAUGCAAAAUUACCCCGAAAACAUAGUAAAAUAUAUAAAUAUAAUGGAGGGGUACAAUUAUAGAUAAAGGCAAGUUUAAGAUUGAUUGGUCUUUAUCAAAAUGCUAUGUACUAAGAAGUAACAUACACGGAGUAAUAAAAAAUAACAUAGUACUCCGUACAAUUUUGCAUGAUUUUGGACUAUUGGUUGGUAAAUGACUUUUUAACUUAUUGUACAAUCACUAGACGGUAGACUAUGUGCAUAUUCUUGGAUAAUGGUAUCCGUGAAUAUUCUCAUAUUUUUGGACUGUACAUAAAAAUGUCUUCUUUUUUUUUUUUUUUGAAGGAAGAAGUGGGAAUCUGUUAAGAAAGUGCAACACAAGUUCACAAGAAUCACAACCCCUACAAUAGAUUACUACCUAGCUAAUACCUACACAAGAAUGUAUAGUAUAAACAUGCAUAAAGAUGUGAGAUAUAUACGGAUCCAGUUAAGGAAAUUGUGCUGCUGGGUUUGUAGAAACACGAUUGAAUCCAAAUUUAGUUACAGGCCUUGUAUUAAACUCAAGACCCAAUAUAAUUUAUAGCCUUAGAAACACAAAAAUGACCAAACAAUGCAAGCCAUGGACUAGACUUCUAUCGUUACAGAUUUUACGGCCUUGUAUUUAGGAGGGAAAAGGAAUCCUCUCUCCCAGUAAUUUAAGUUAGGUAGAUUCGAAUUUGUGAUCUCAAUGUUACAAACAACUUAUUACAUUCAAGCAUUCUG